CGCGGUACUAAAAAUGCCUCCAAAGAUUAAUCUUGAGCCUUAUAAAAAUGAGAUUCUUAGUUAGGUCUCUGAGAAGCAUAUGAUCCCUGAGAUUUUAAGUAAAAUAAAAGGGAUUCUACAGGGUAUAUCGCGCAAUAGGAAGAAUGGGUCUCCUGAGAUUAAGAGAAUCAAAUUACUACUCUCAGUUAAGGGGAUGCCUCUCUACCGCCGACAGCUCGCGCGAUAUAGGCUAGAUCUUGGCCUUAUUCGGAGAAUGAUAAUAGAGGAGAGAGAGCAGAAGUACUAAUAGCUUGUGGGUAUCGUGCGAGAGGAGCUAGACCAUGGGGGGAUUAAAGGCUAUGGAGCAGGCUUAAUUAAGAUAUACUUCCGUUAAAUAGGAGUUA